CACGCGCACACUCUUGCGUCAGCCCGCCGGCCUUGCGCAGGCGCAGUUCCCGCCGUUGGCCGAGGCUGAGGGUCGGCUCGGGUCAGGAAGAUGGCGGCCCGGCAGGAGCAGGACGAUGACUACAUGUCGGACGCCUUUGUCAAUUUGCAGCAAGAUGUCAAACCAGGACUGGCAAUGGUCAGAAGAGUGAAAGAAGAAAUGCUUAAGAAAGAGCGUGCACUGGAAAUGAUCCUGGAAAACAAGCAGAAGAGCAAAAAGGAAGAAGAGAAGGAGAGACGGGAGACCAUGUUACAGAGCUCAUUAGGAAGUGAAAACAAGGGAUUUGCAUUGCUUCAGAAGAUGGGGUAUAAAGAAGGUCGUGGUCUUGGCAAAAGUGGAAAUGGUAUUGUUGAACCUAUUCCACUACAGAUCAAGACAGGACGUGGUGGAAUUGGCCAUGAGACAGCUGAGAAACGGAAAGCUGAGGAAACGACAGAACAUCGCGAACGAAUGUCACAAGUGAAAAAACGAGCAGAGGAGUUUGCCCUUAAUGAAUAUAGGCUACAUGUCAGACAAAAAAAGGAUCAACUUCAGAUGGAAGGAGAUCUAAGGAAGAGCCAGCUUGCCUGUCAACAACUAGAUACACAGAAGGGUAUAGGUGUCCCACAGGAAACAUGGUUUUGGUUGUCCGCUUCCAUUGAUGAUAAUGCAAAGGAGGAGGAAGAAGAAUCAAGUGAAUGGGAUUAUAAGACGUUUCACACAACUGAGGAAAAACUGCUGAUUUUGACCAGUUACCUCAGAAGGAAAUACUUCUACUGUGUUUGGUGUGCAAUUUCUUACCAAGAUGAGGAGGACUUAUCUGAUAACUGCCCUGGGGAAUGUGCUGCCGACCACUGCUGACUGACCCAAGUGCAGUGCAGAACAGUAAUGGCACUGCUCGUGCUCUCUGGAGCUGGUCUGCUGAAACUGGAAUGGAGUGUUGUUCUGAGUUCAAACAAAUUUGCAAAGCCCAGUUGCCAGUUCAAACCCGAAUGUCCACGGUGACAGAUUGUGCUACGACUUGUAUUUGAAAGAUAUAUGAUACUAUUUCCAUAGUGAUACUGGGCGUCUCUCAACCUUGCGAGCUUCCUGACUGACGGGCAACUGUACAUGUAAAACAUUCAUGCUUCUGUUACUUCAUUUUUAAAGAGUCUCUGUGUAUUUAUUCAUCUCUAUUAAGUGUGCCUUUAUUUGCCUGAGAAUUUGAUGGGAUCACUUGCCAUGUGCUCUUGAAACAAUACAUUUGGUGGUGGACCAGAGCCUGUUCAGUUUCAAUCCCAGCAAGGUGCAGAGAUGUUUACAAGGUCUGAAAUGAAGACUGAUGCAAGUGUAAAAUUAUGUGUAUAUGUAUAGGAAAAGUGGAAAGGUUUAAAAAGGUAAGAUUUUUAUUUUUACUCUUGCAAAUCUCCUGCAGGAUUGUUUAUCAGCAGUAUGAAGUUUGGAACAUAGUUAAUAAUGUUUAUCUAACCUAGUCAGUGCCCGAAGUCAGUCAGAGCACAGUGACAGCUGUUUGUAAAUUUCAGGCUCCUGAUCAAUGAUCUUUCCUUUUAUAUUCAUUGUUAAAGGGCAAAAACUGGUGUGUGAUGGACACGUGCUGGAGACGAGAUUAAUAUAUUGGGUGUUGUUCAGUUGUGCUGUUUUUGACCUGACUGCAGAUUUGUUUCUAGAAUCUACUGUAUUCCCUACUGCUCUUUUGCUGUUUCUGUCUACAUGUAUACUACAAAUAAACACCUGUUCUUGCUUCA